AUGGCUAAGGGCCAGGCACCAGAAGAUCUUCCUUCAGAGCCUGUAAUGAAACACACGGCAGGCUUGGGAAGUGCCAGGACAGACCUUCCUUCAGCUUUGAAGCUAGCUCAAAGCGAUGCGAAACUUGGCCCGGUUAUUUUUGCAAGAAACUUGAGCUGGGUGGACCCAGAAGUGACAGCAGCAGCUGCUGGGGGCCGCAGCAGGAAGGUGGACUGCCCUCCCGACGGCAUCAGCUUCCCACUCCCAGAUCCGUGUCGUUUGAGAGGGUGCGGGAGGGCUUGGAGGAGAACAGGGGACGUCUUUGUUCUCGCACCCCCUCGGGGAAGCCGCAGGGCUAAUGCCGCUCACCCUGGGCAGCAGGGCAAUAAGUUCUUGGAACAGAAAUUAACAAUCUCUUCCCAUGAAUCUGGAACCAAGCCAUUGACCUUCACGUUUGUUCCAUCCAUUGGACAACUUCCAACCCAUUUUGAAGUUGUAGAUGUCUCCAAGUUCCUUGUGAGACUCCCAGAGGACCCAAAGGAUUUGAGCUGUCAAGAAACUACAUAUAAGUCAAACACAGCCUCUGAUGUGCCAGCCUUGAAGAGCGGAGCCAGGCAAGACAGUGCCCACAGGAUUCUCCAGCCCCCAAGCUUCAACUCGAACAAAGCAGAAAUGCAGGAGAAUGACCUUUUUAAGGCUGAGUUUAUCCUGAUUACAGACUCUGGAGAGGAAGAUGAAGUAUCCGCUGCCUCACACAGCACUCAGCAGGCUCCCAACGGCUACGGGCCUGUCAGUGCCCAGCUGCUGGCUCCAUCCCACGUGUCUGCUGGUGGCGAGGCCAGAAGAGCUCCUGGUGAUCUGCACAGCUCAAGUGCUUGCCAGAGCACUGCCCAGAACCACAGACAGCAGCAGUACAAGAUCAAGACAAGCUACAAGGCAUUUGCAGCAAUACCUACAAACACAUUACUAAUGGAACAGAAGGCAUUAGACGAGCCAGCCAAGCCUGCUGAGGCUGAAGGCAUUACUUUGGACACGCAUUCAGAGAUGUGCUCUCCUGCCCAACUCCGACAACAAACAGAAGAGUUGUGUGCUGUCAUUGAUCAGGUCCUACAGGAUCCAUUGCCCAUGCGCCGAUGUGAAUCCUCUCCAAGUUUCUUGCAGACGACCAUGGAGUCAGAUGUUGGCAAGGCAGCAACAACACUGCAGAGAGUAGCUGGACGUGAAACCAGAUAUGCCAGUCUUUACAAAUCAGCACCUAUGGUGACAGAGAGUCAGACGACCAAACCUGGUGUCAUUCGUCCAGUGCUGGUGAAAGCACUGAAAAAGGAGGAGCCCUAUCAACCAAACCCUUUUAAAAAGUACCUUGAAGAAAUCAGUGAUCAAGAUACUGAGCAGCCCGGUCAUCCCAUAGUGCCUAUUCCAGAAAACGAAACGCUCAGUUCUGAAGAGGUAAUUCGUUGA